ACUUGCAGCCCCCACCCCUCCUUCCCGGACUUGCUGCGCCGCUCGCUCACUCCCGCGCCUCCGACCGUCCCAAGCGACUUCGCCGUCGCUGCGUCUGUCAUUCAUCGCCUCUGCGUCUCUUCUUCAGGUCUUUCAAAUCCUCUCUUUAGGAAUGGUAGAACAAGGUAAUAAAAUGAAUUUAACUUCUGCAUUAUGGGAGCACUAUUCUUCGGAGUCCAUUACAGGUCAAGGUAAGAGUGAUAUUGCCAAAGGAGUUGAUAAAUGUAACGAUGAUUCGAAUGAGCCAACAAUGUGCAAGAAACUUGCUAGUCUCAGUUUGGCGAAUAUCAAUGAAGUCAAAGAUCCUUCAGCAGAAACGAAGCCUCCAGGUGCAGAUUCAGUUCAUUCAAUUCUUCAAAAUUCAAGUGGAAUAAUGUAUCAAGAAUAUCUGCGUCAGCUCAUUGAAUCCCACAUUUCUACUUUAAAUCGAAGUCUUCAGCUAUCAAAUACCUUGGAUGUACUCCGUGCUAGAGUAAGUGUGUGGUACCAAUACGAUUAAAUUCCUCACAUUCUUCUCUUUAAAAAAUUAUUUGGCUACGUUUGGUACACGGAAUUCAAGCCAUAAAAUUGGAAUCGGGGACUUCAAUUCCAAUUAUACUGUUUGGUUACACAAAAAUAUGUGGAUUUGGAAUUGGUAAUGCAAAAAAUGAAAUGGAAUUUCAGAAUUCAAUUUCAAUUCUAUCAAUUCUGUGUACCAAAUGGAGCCUUUGAGCAGUUCGUUCAAUUACUCGUGAGUGUAACAUUACAUGCAUACUCCCGGUUUGACUCUCGCAUAGAUUAAGAAAGUUGAGAUUGUUUAGUUGAAAAAAGGAAAUUGAAAUUUAUUUUGGGACAACGAAAAAAUGAAAGUGAAGUUUGUUU